GUCUAGAGAGAUAUAGAGGAGCUUUUGUGCCGCUUGUUUAAAAACUUAAAACCAUCCCAAAUUCUCUUGUAUUUUCAAAUCUCUCUCUCUCUCUCUCGCUCAUAGACAUACAUAUCGAUGAGGAUCAGGAAGCGUCUACUUCUGUCGUCUACGUUGUCUCCGACAACCUCAGAUCCCCAACCGAAGCACUUGGUGCAACCAACGACUUCACACGAGUUGCACCCAAUUAGACCCAUCACUGAGUCUCAGCCGUCCGAUCCAUCUAAUCAGCCGCCUCACCACCCACCCAACAUCCUCGGAAAUACUAGCCACAAAUUCGAGACCAAACAAAAGGCUAAGCUGGAGGACGCAUCUAAAGAUGAGCAACAAGAAAAUGGCGCUGGUACCAGGAAACAAAAAAUCAAUUCAGCUGCUGCGCCUGUGAAAGAAACUGUUUCUUUGACACCGUUAAGUUCUCGCCCAGUGAACAAGAGAAAGGGGCUCGAUGUGGAAAAAUCAAGCCAAGAAACACCGAUGUUGGAGAAGGCGAAGAGGAUGAGGUCCAAGACUAAUAAGAAUUGCGGUGCUACUAGCGUGCAACAAAAUGAUAGGGAGCAAGAUAAAGGCAAUGAUGAUACCAACUGUACCAAGCAUAACAUGAAUGUUGUUAAGAAUACCAGCAAGAGAGGGGGUGUAAUCAUGGAGGGGUCACGUUGCAGCCGUGUCAAUGGAAGAGGAUGGAGGUGUUGCCAGCAAACACUAGUGGGCUAUUCCUUGUGUGAGCAUCAUUUAGGCAAGGGCAGGCUUCGAAGCAUGGCCAACGUCAAAGGCCGUGCCAAGAUGCCUACUGCGGCUUCUGCUGCUGCACCUCACAAGGAUACUAUUGAUAAUACUACCAAUCAUAAUCAUCCAGCCAAGAAAGUAGCGGUCUCUUCAUCCGGGGUGCAACCAGACCGAGAUUAUAACAAGGAAACUGUAAUGUUGGAUGGUAGUUAUGAUAACGACGAGGACAAGGAGGAAGAUGCAGACGAUGAGGAUUAUAAUGAUGAAGCGAGGAAGAAGCCACUAGUAGUGAAAAAGAAGAGGAUGAAGCUUGGUGUGGUGAAAGCCAGGAGUUUGAGCAGCUUACUCAACCAAACGAACAAUGCAGUUGUAGUAGCAGCGGAUGAUAAUUAAUGCAGCAACAGCUCUCUUUAGCUAACUGAUUGCUAUAUGACGAAGGAAAAUUGUGAAGUGUCGUCUAUUUUGAACUUUCCGAUGCAAGUCUGUGGGGGCCGAGCUGUGGAGAAGCCAAACGAAGGGUGCUAUUUUGAAGCUACCUGUGGCGGGUAGUAUUCAUUUUUUCUUUUUUGGACUCUAGAUUAUAAAUUGUUUCAUAUGUCUGUUACCGAAUCUUAGUAAUAAGUAAUUAAACGAGUAUUUACUAGAA